CCUACAAAGUGGCGUGCAGCCUGCGAGCGGGACCGGGAAAACACAAAAUGUUGAUGCUUUUUAAAAUGAUCGCGUCUUCGCAUUUGAGCGAACCCAGAAAACAGCGCAAAGUGGCGUUAUUUUACCUUUUGUGGGGUAUUACAGGAGCAUGGGGCAGUCAGGUGAUUGUCCCCAAGCAGGUGAAUGCUGUGCUGGGGAAGAACGUGACCCUGGACUGUACCGUGGAUGUGGGCUCAAACCUCACCCUCACCCAGAGCUCAUGGGAGCGCCGCCUGCCCACCGGCUCCGUCACUGUGGCUGUGUACAACCCUCGGUUUGGGAUCUCCAUCCCCCCAGAGUUCAGCCAGCGCUUGUAUUUUCGUUCACCCUCCUCACAUGAUGCCACCAUUGUACUGGAAAAUGUGGGCUUUUCCGAUGUGGGAAUGUACACCUGUAAAGUCGCAACUUUUCCUCUGGGAAACACGCAAGCCUCUACAACUGUCACUGUGCUUGUGGAACCCAAGGUCUAUGUAUCCGCUGGGUCCACUGCCCUCAUUGAUGGUGGUAAUGAGACUGUGGUAGCCACAUGCAUUGCGGAGCGGGCUCGACCAGCAGCAGAAGUAUCCUGGGAGUCCAACCUCUUCGGCCAGUCGGACGUCCAGCUUUAUAAUGAAGCCAAUGGCACCACUAGUGUACAGGCACGGUACCUAUGGCAGCCCACACGCCACGUUCAGGGACACACCCUCACCUGUGUGGUUCGCCACCCAGCUCUGCAGACAGAUUUCAGGAUCCCCUACCAGCUCAAUGUGCAAUUUGCCCCGGAUAUAUCAGUGGUUGGUUAUGAUGGAGAUUGGUAUGUCGGUCGAGAAAAUGUUCAGAUGACCUGUAAAGCCAAUGCUAACCCUCCAGCUCAUCACUUCAGAUGGAUCAGAUUAGACAGUGAAAUGCCAGAGGGCGUCGAAGUAAUAAACAGCACUUUGCUCUUCCUGCGUCCCCUCCAGCGAAAUGACUCUGGAGUUUACAGGUGUGAGGUUGCCAAUGACAUCAACCUCCGCAGUCGGGAUGUGCGCAUCCUCAUACAAGAUCCUCCUGCCAUGCCCUCCACCAUCACUGCUCCUGUGCUAACCGCCUCCUCCUCCUUAGCGGAUGAUAAGGCCCAUGUCCUCCUCAGCUCCCCUACGCUUCAAGCCAUCCCUGUCGGUAAUGUGGGGUCUGUAGUGGGUGGGGCAGUUGGCGGGGCCCUCUUCCUGCUGCUGGUGCUGUCAUUGGCUGGAGUGCUUUACUUAAGAAAACAGCAGACCUUUCAUGGGACCUACUACAACAAGCACUACAUGGGCCACAAUGACCUGCAGAAGCCCACUCAGCACGAGCUUCAGCCCACCAAAGGAAGCAGCCAGGCCGACCAUGACCGCGAGGAGUGGGGCGACCGACAGCUCAAAGAGGAGCGUGAGCGAAGGAACCAUAACAGUUACCAUGGAGAGGAAUACCCCGCUAACGGCUACACUAGAGCCAUGAGGGAGAGUGGACAACAUAAUCACCAGAAUCAUCAUAAUACAUCACGAGAACACAAGCCGUACCCAAGCCCGCGACAGGCUAAAAGCAGCAGGUAUCCCCCUGUGAAACCCCUGGAGAAGUGCUCCUCCUAUCUGUCGGACGACUGCUAUGACAGCGGGCCAGAGGGAGACUAUGUUGCCCACAAAGAUGGGUCUGUGAUUUCUCGUAGGGAGUGGUACGUUUGACAAGUGCCAACGUGAAGGAUUUCACUAGAGCAUAUUUAGUCUGUGUAGAUGAACAUAAGCCUGUCAGUAUUAAACAAGUGUCUCUGUGCCACUUGUUGAACAUUUACUUUUGAAAAGUGGACAGAAUGAA